AUGCCGGGCGCUCUUGCCGCCACGCUGCGGCCCAGAAGAGCUUCCUUCGGCACCGUGGAGUGGUGCGCGGAGUCAGAGACCACGGUCGGAGGCAGCUCACGGACUAGCACGGUGGACCCUCUGGCGCAAACACAGAUUGGCUCCUUCUACGCCAACGCCACCGUGAACUCUUCCGAGGGGACGCAGUCUAGAAGGGCCUAUCGCCCGGCAACGCCACCUGCCUCGGUUCCCGCGCGCAGACAUUUCCGCCCAAUGUCGGCGAGAGCUGCGCGGGAGGGCCGGCGACUGGGCGAUGCCAGUGAAAGUGGUGUCCCAACGAUUUCGGCGCAGUCGUCGGCGUCCUCCGCAUCCACACCGAGGCAGACGGUCCUCGCCACCGCAGCGAUUCCGGGCUAUACCGGGCACAUCCCGAACAAAGACAUCGAGGUAUGUGGUGGCACUUUUACCGUCGAGAGCAUGGCCGCAGCGGCCAUCCGGACGAGGCGUCAGCGCUGUCGGACUUCACAGUUUUCGAAGCAGCUGGCUGAUGGUCGAACGUACGCCCAAGGCUUUUCUGAGCAGCUGGGCCUGGAGUUCACAUCGACGCUGAGGAACUAUCAGCCAUGGACUCAGCCGGCGGCUGGUGUGACCCAUUCCUUCGAGCGCUACAGCCGUGCAGCACGGCCGCUUUGCUUCGUGAGGUGA